CGAUCAACAAAGCGAUUCUUUCAAAGGACAAAGAGGACGUUAACAUACUUCAGGUGCUUGAGCCUGCAAUUCAUCGUCGUCGUAGAUUAUGGAGCUACUCUUCUCUCUUCUCCUUCUUUGUUCUACAAUUUUAUCUCUUUCUCACCAUUGUAUUGCCAGGGGUGGUUUAUGGAGCUCUCUCCAUUCAGGCUUAAACACUAGUGGUGGUGGAAGUCAUGCAAGGCAUUUGUUUGAAGACCAUGAAAGUCAGAGUCAGACAAGUGCUUUUGACUCGUCUCGCGGGUACAUGACCAAUUCUGACCUUGAGAUGGCAAUAAAGGAUUUGGGACGAAGGUGCAGCAACAUUACUAGAAUAUACAGUAUUGGGAAGAGUGUGAAUGGAGUCCCCCUGUGGGUGAUAGAGAUUUCUGACAACCCUGGCGAAGAAGAGGCUGAACCUGCAUUUAAGUAUAUUGGAAACGUACAUGGAGAUGAGCCUGUGGGUCGUGAGCUUCUUAUGUUUUUGGCAAAUUGGUUAUGUGAUAACUAUCCAAAAGAUCCGCUGGCAACAUUGAUUGUGGAGAACAUUCACCUUCAUAUGCUUCCAUCUUUGAAUCCUGAUGGCUUUAGUUUGAGAAGACGUAAUAAUGCAAAUGAUAUUGAUCUCAACAGAGAUUUUCCUGACCAGUUCUUUCCCAUCAAUGAAAAUGAAGAUGCACGCCAACCUGAAGCAAGAGCCAUUAUGAAUUGGUUGAGAGAAAUAAAAUUCACAGCAUCUGCCACUCUGCAUGGGGGUGCACUUGUUGCAAAUUACCCUUGGGAUGGCACCCAAGAUAAAAGGACAAAUUAUUAUGGAUGUCCAGAUGAUGAUACAUUUCGAUUCAUGGCAAGCAUAUAUAGUCAUUCUCACUACAACAUGUCUGCAAGCACAGAAUUUCCAGAGGGAAUCACAAAUGGGGCAGCUUGGUACCCCAUAUAUGGAGGCAUGCAAGACUGGAACUAUAUCCAUGCUGGCUGUUUUGAAUUGACCUUGGAAGUUAGCGACAACAAAUGGCCUAAGGCAGCUGAGCUUCCUGUUAUCUGGAAGUACAACAAAAUGAGCAUGCUUAAUCUUGUUGCAAGUCUUGUGAAGACAGGGGUGCAUGGAAGAAUUUUUUCUUCAGUUGAUGGAAGGCCAUUGCCCGGGUCUGUAACAAUCAAGGGAAUCAAUUACACAGUCAGAGCUGGAAAACGUUUUGGCAACUACCAUCGGUUACUUGUUCCUAGAGAAAGAUAUGAAGUUAUGGCCUCCAUGCCUGGCUACAAAUCAAAGAAUACAUCUAUUUGGUUAGAUGAAGGACCUGCGACAGUGGAUUUUAUUCUUGAUCCAGAAGUUGCAGUCAAAGGGGCUGUUCUACAAAACAUAUACGAUUGCAACUGCAGCAAUAAAUGCAAACUUGAUUUUGUUGAGUUCCUUUGGGGUGCUCACUUGGAAGUCUAUCUUGUGUUGAUCCUUAUUUUAGGAUUUCUUUGUUUUGUUCAAAGAAGAAUUAGAGGCAACUCAAUGGGAAGCAAACGAAUUGCUGUUUGAUUGGAGGCUAUAGAUGAUUCAUUUGUACCAAUUUCUCUGUAUACUAAGAGACGCGAAGAAAUGAAGCUGCCUUGUCAUAUAAAGUGUCUGACAGGUAAUGUUAGUUAAAACUACUGCAUUCCUUAGUGUAAGAAUGAUUCUUUUGUAAUUGAAUCCAAAUAAGCAAUUUGCCAUCUCUAAUUUGUUCCAAAAUACUAGACUUCAUUACAGACUCUUGGCUAGUUUAUUUUCCCAUUAUUAUGAGAUAAAUCUUGAGAUGAGAA